AGCAGGCAGAGGAGCUAUCCGGAGGACGCAUCCAGCUUUGGUUUUAUCCCUUGGUCUUUUUUUUUCAUCCUCCACUGCGCUGGAUCCGGUGCCGCCGCCGCAGCUCCUUCUCCGUCCCGACCUUCCCAGUUUCGGUCGUAUACACCGCGCGUCCGACUCGUUCGCCGCCAGGGCUUCGUUGGGAGAUGUCCAAAAAAAGACCAGCCGAGCCGGAGUCCCGGGUGAAACAGCCAGCCGCUCUGGGCAACAUGACCCGCCGCCUCCCCUGUUCCACGAUGGAGUGUGUAGAAUGAAGACGGCUUUAAAAAAAAUAAAAUAAAAGUCUAAGGGAAGCAGCGCGCAAAGAUGUCGGUGCCUUUGCUGAAGAUCGGCGUCGUGCUCAGCACCAUGGCGAUGAUCACCAACUGGAUGUCGCAGACCCUCCCCUCUCUGGUGGGGCUCAACACCACCAAGCUCACGGCGGCGCAGGGUGGAUAUCCAGACCGGAGCACAGGAGUGUUGCCAGCAAACCCGGAGGAAUCGUGGCAGGUGUACAGUUCAGCCCAGGAUAGCGAGGGGAGGUGUGUCUGCACGGUGGUGGCGCCCCAGCAGUCCAUGUGCUCACGGGAUGCCCGCACCAAACAACUGAGGCAGCUGUUAGAGAAGGUCCAGAACAUGACCCAGUCCAUCCAAGUGCUGGACCAGCGGACCCAGAGGGACCUGCAGUACGUGGAGAAGAUGGAGGUCCAGCUCCGAGGUCUGGAGACCAAGUUCAGGCAGGUGGAGGAGAACCACAAGCAGAACAUCGCCAAGCAAUAUAAGGCCAUAAAAGCGAAAAUGGAGGAGCUUAGACCGUUGAUACCAGUGUUGGAGGAGUACAAGGCCGAUGCCAAAUUGGUAUUGCAGUUUAAGGAGGAGGUCCAGAAUCUGACGUCAGUUCUAAACGAACUUCAGGAGGAGAUGGGGGCCUAUGACUACGAGGAGCUCCACAACAGAGUGUCAAAUCUUGAGGAGAGACUCCGAGCAUGCAUGCAAAAAUUAGCAUGCGGCAAACUUACGGGCAUCAGUGAUCCCAUCACCAUCAAGACGUCUGGAUCCAGGUUCGGAUCCUGGAUGACCGACCCUCUGGCACCUGAAGGAGACACUCGGGUCUGGUACAUGGAUGGUUACCACAACAACCGCUUUGUGCGGGAGUACAAGUCCAUGCAGGACUUCAUGAUGUCGGACAACUUCACCUCCCACCGGCUGCCCCAUCCGUGGUCAGGCACAGGUCAGGUGGUCUACAACGGCUCCAUCUACUUCAACAAGUUCCAGAGCCACGUCAUCAUCAAGUUCGACUUCCGCACCUCCUCCAUCAGCAAGUCCCGGCAGCUCGACUAUGCCGGCUUCAAUAACGCGUAUCACUACGCCUGGGGGGGACACUCUGACAUUGACCUCAUGGUGGACGAGGGAGGGCUGUGGGCCGUCUACGCCACCAACCAGAAUGCCGGCAACAUCGUCCUCAGCAAGCUGAACCCCGGUACGCUGCAGAUCAUCAAGAGCUGGACCACCAACCACCCGAAAAGGAGCGCCGGUGAGUCUUUUAUGAUCUGCGGCACGCUCUACGUCACCAACGGCUACUCAGGAGGCACCAAGGUCUAUUACGCCUACUCCACCAACUCCUCUACCUACGAGUACAUUGACAUUGCCUUCCAGAAUAAGUACUCGCAUAUCUCCAUGCUGGACUACAACCCACGUGACCGGGCCCUCUAUGCUUGGAACAAUGGCCACCAGGUCCUUUACAACGUCACGCUGUUCCACGUCAUCCGCUCAGAGGAACUGUAACCGCGGAAAAAUGGAUUACAACCGCCAAUACAUAUUGUCUGAGUAGAGAUCUCCCUAUAUACAAAAAUAUAUCUGCGAAAGAAAAAGACUCAACGGCGAGACCAUUCUAUUAAUAACUAAAUAACGUUUACUGAGAGACUGAAUCAACAGUGAAUGCAACCUGGAUUGAAUGUGCAUAUACAUGAAACUGAAAAAAUAUCUAAAAUUGAAGGGUUUCAUUCCGAAAUGUGAUAUAUAUUAAAAAAAGCUUUAUUAGUUAAUAUCACAGAGUCAGAGAUGACAAAACUGUAAAUAAAAGACAAAAAAACUAAAGUUACCCAUAGUAGACUUUAUUUUAAUAGCUAGCUGCCAUCAUUUGGUUAGAGGUGUUUUAUUUUGGAAUGAAACUCUUUAAUUGUUUGCCACAUAGAACAUGAUUGUAAAAGUAGACUAUAUAUCAGACGGUAGAGAAUAAGAACAGAUGCCAAAAAAAAAAGAAUUAACAUCACGCCUUUUUUUUUUUUUUAUAUAACGGAAAAUCAACCGAGGCGCGCUCCCGUGGCUCCGGGUCUUUCUGCAGAAACCCUCCCAGCUGAACUUGUGGGCUGAGCUGGGGGUCCGGAGACAGAGACUGUUGGUAAUAAAACUUUAGGAUCCCCAGGGUCUCGUGCACGGGCGAGACAGAGGUGGUUCUAGUCAGGAGACUCCAUAGCCUAACGGGCGCAGUCUGUCAUAUCGUUUUUUAAUCGAGUACAGUAGCAAUUUAAAAAAGAAGAGAGAAACAACAAUAACAAGAUCCACUAAAAGACCUGAAGGCACUGACUGUUGACAGCGCUGUUCUUUAAGAUGAUUUUCCUGUGUUAGUGACUGUGUGUGAAAAAGGCUUUCUUUGCAUGAGUGUUUUCUAUCACUCUGGUAUGCUCUACUGAAUGUCUUUUGUUGUGUGAUACUAUAAAAAAAAAAAGGAGAAUUGUGGGGUGGGAGACUGGGGGAGGGUACAAUACCUUUGGGAUUGGUUCUGGUUUAAACUUAGUUCCUGUUUAUCUAUUUCUUUGCAAUCAACCCCUUCUCGUAUCACUGUAAAUGUUAGCAUCGAGCUUUGCCUCUCUGUAUUUGUUUAUCUGGACUGCGUGGGAGGAAUUGACACAACUCGCAUCUCUCCGAAGAAGAGGAAAAAAAAAAAAGAAAACAGAAUGUAAUAAUAAGCAUUGUAUCCAGGGAAUCUGGUCGUCCUAUCUUCAAUUCACAACAUGCGCCUGUAGUAGGGAGAGGUUUUACAUUUAAUUUUUUUAUUGUACGAGGAUUAUCCUGUCCAAUAUCAUGUGCCCCCCACCCCCCACCCCACUGCUACUGAAGGAUAAUGCUGUUUAAAUGUAUACCCUCUCUGAGGACAAAAGCUUUCCACUCUUUUUGCGCUUUGAUGGACAUGUGUUGUAUCUGAGAUAAGAUAGUUAAUGAUUCGUGUCAAU